AUGAAAGGCUCUGUUCUCCAGCGCCUCUUAACAAAACAGAAACAAGAAAAGUUUGGAACAGCUGUCAAUAAUGAUAAGUGGGAUGAGUUAGUCCCAAAUAUUCUUUCAGGAGUUUCGAAAUUUGAAGAUGUCAUUGUUCCUAUCCAAGAAAGAGGAAAAGUUCUGAACUUAUUCCAAUAUAUAACAACACUUGAGCCAAACCAGCCAAAUCUUGGACUCCUAACUCGCAUAUUAGCAAUUAUUCCACCAGAAAACCUUCAAGAAGCAGCUGGAUAUCUUCGUGAAAUGGCGCUUACAUUUGCAGCCAUAUCUGCACCUAUAAUUGAUCUUAUUGUAAGAAGUUUCUUAACACAAAAUGAAUUAUACUUUGCCGAUGUAAUUAACAACCUUAUCGAUGCUUCUCAGAGCUUCACUCCACUUACAUCAGCAUCUAUUACAAAAUAUUUCCCUCAAACUACAUUUGAAGGCGAUCAACAGAUUAAUUUCUUGAAAUCAACUCUUCACGUUUGCCAGCAUAGCUACGACGUUACUCUGAAAGUUCUUAGUCGUGUUUUCCAGCAUAUCGUUGGUCUAGACUGCGAACUCAUGAUUAUGGGAAACAAAGAUUCAAAUGCCAUCGAAAUUGAUGAAGAUGUUGCCGCCCUUCUUACACCGCAGAUCAUAUACGUCCUCGACUUUGUCGAAAACUCUCCACAAACGAUAUUUACUCUUUUAUUACAAUUAUUUGACAUUUAUUUGCUCGAUCUUCCAUCGUCUUCAGCUGUUCAAUACAUAUUCUUCAUUGCUUCAUCAUUCAGCAGCCAGAACUACCAAAAUUUCGUUGGUUUCUUACUUGCAAAAUUAUUUGAUGAAAAUGUCAACAAAAGAACUCGAGGCAACGCAGCUUUCUAUGCUUCAACAUUAAUAGCGAGAGCCAAAUACAUUGAUGAUCAAUUUGCAUCGUUUGUUCUUGAUUAUGUUUCAAAUUUCGCUGAAUGUUACUUAGAACACAUAAAAACAACAUCUCCACAGUUCAUGACACGCAACAUCCAAACUCACGCUGUCUAUUAUUACGCUUUGCAGUGUUUUGCUUACAUUUACUGCUGGAGACACUCCGGAUUUGAGAAAAUGGAGAUUGACGUGGAAAGUCGAUGGAAAAUCAACUUGUUGUUCAAUAACGAACUGGACGCGAUGACUGCAAUUGAUCCAAACACUGCGGAGAUGUUCAGCAGUCUCGGGAACAUCGAGUACGAGCCUGAUUCGAGUGUCAUUGAGAGAAUCUCUGUCUGGUUCCCUUACGAUCCAUGUCCUUUGGAUGAAGUCAGCGAAAGAGUUUCUUCCAUUUACAUGCAGUGGGGAGAAGUCGCAGAACCAGCUGAUGUCGACGCCGCGCUGGAGCUGAGCCUCAAUAGAAUAUGCGCGUCAAGAGGAAUUUCACUUGGAGAUAUCCUCGGACAAUGA